AUGCCUCGCCCAAGAACAUCCAGGAGUUGCGAGAAUUGUCGGCGCUUGAAGCGACGCUGCGAUAAGCAGGUUCCCAAAUGCGGUCAAUGCAUUCGCGCGCACGACACUUGCCUUGGGUACCGCGAUGAAUGGGAUCUGAUCUUUCGUGACCAAACAACCCACACCAUCAAGCGAUCCAGCAGGACACCGGAGAGUAAUGGGGCUUCGACCGUGCUUACUCCCCCGUCGACUCCACCUACCAGAGGUCUGAGUCCCAGUCUCGAGGACAUAGGUGUGAAUUAUUUCCUGCAGGAAUUUGUUGCGGGUGGCCGGUGUCCCUCGCGUGGAUAUCUAAACUAUAUCCCCACUGUCUAUUCGGCUGAUGCGGAGCAUUUGACUCUCGUCACUAGUAUGACGGCCGUGGGUCUUGUGGCGUUGGCAACUCGCCAGCCAGAGCUUACCGUCCAGGCGCAUGCCAAGUACUCAGAGGCGAUCCGCCUUGUGAACAAUGCGUUGGCAUCCCCUGUCGAGUCAGUCAAAGAUAGUACCUUGAUGUCGGUGAUAUCACUGGGGGUCUUUGAGCAUGUCUCCAACUUUGAGUCGUGGGUUCGACAUGUCAAAGGAGCUGCCGCGCUGGUGGUUGCCCGGGGUAAAUCUCAAUUUACUCGUAGGCCUGCCAUCCUGAUGUUCAACCAGGUACGCGCAGAUAUGUCCGCUGCCUGUAUCCAAUGCGUACAGCCCUUUCCAGAGGACUUGGGUGAGCUGCAGGAAGAGGCAACCAAGUACACAGACCCCUCUGAUGCAUUUUGGUUACUCGGGGUGCUUGCCACUCGUUGUGCGAACCUUUUCGCGGCUGUCGCGAAGAAGAAUAAUGACAAGGCUUCACUCAUACCCACGUCCUGGCCUUACUUCCUAGAAGAAGCGAUCGCGAUUCAGAGUGAUUUCCAACAUACUCUAAGCAUCCUUGCCAUGCAAGAACCGUACAUGACCACCCGUGAAUCCGAUGGGAAUGCGACUUCCAUGUCCUUUCAUGGCCAAUAUGACCUAUACAGGUCAUCCUGGGCAAUAAGACUCUGGAAUAACUCGCGAAUGAUUGAAAUCAUCGUUUGCGAGAUUAUAUGCUGGCUCAUCAACAAGAUCUUAACCGAGGAUCCGGCUCAUUCGGCUGAGUCUCGUCUGAAGCUUCAGUCGAAGCUCCAGUAUGCAGUGAACAUCAUGUCAAGACGAUCGGCGGAGAUACUCGCGAGCACCCCGCAGGGCCUAGGGCUUAUAUCGGCAUCUGGUGCCUAUGUACCCCAAGAACCAAACGUGUCGGGUGGUUAUAUGCUGAUCUGGAAUCUAUAUACAGUCGGCAAAUGUCCGACGAUCAGUCUGCAAGAUCGCCAAUGGGUCAUCAUGCAACUCAAGGGUAUCAGUAAGAGUGGAAAUAUCGCGAUGGCGUUUCAGCUUGCGGAGGAUCUUAUUAGAACGGAAAGAAGUAUACAAUGA